UCGGACAAUCCGGUGAAACCUCCUUUCAUAUUCCCAUUCGUCCAAACUCCGAAAAAUCGAAACACAGAGCAUCAAACCCUUCUAUCUCAGGCUAUUUACAUACAAUGUCGCAUUCUGGAUCUAAGCUCGAAGUCGAGGACGAGGAGAACAGGCAGCAGAGGAUAGGUACCCUCCUGGAGCAAUUGAACAGCUCUUCAAGUUCACCAUCCAGGAAUACAUCCAAUGCUGCUCCGCCGACUUUCGACUUUGGUGAGAGAAAAACUUAUGCAGUAGAUGCCCCGAGCGAACUGCUCGCACGCAUACAGGACUUCCUUCCUCGCCUUAAGGAAGAGAAUGACUCGCUUGCUCAGCGUAUCCGGGAAAACCCAUCGAGCGUAGAUAUCGAAAAUAUCGAAGAGGAUGUAGGGCAGUACAUCGAAAUGAACCUUGGACUAGGAGUGUUGGAAACGCGGCCCAAAGAUUCAGAGCCUCAUUCAGAUGAAGAUUCCGAGAGCGAAGAUUCGUUGUGGUCGUCUUCCUCAGACUCGUCCUCAGAAUCGGAAUCAGAAUCAGACGGGUCGGACUCGGACAGCAGUUCAGAGUCGGACUCUUCAUCGAUUGACAUAAAAGCUGUUUCUUCCCGCCCACUCAAGCCCCUGCCUCGGCGUACCGCACAACUUGAUAUCGACAUGCUUCCUGAUUCACCUUCUGCCGGCUAGACACGGCGAUAAUCACUUUCGAUCGAUCCUCGAUACCAACUUUAUUGACUCAUGAAAGCUCAUUUGGACCUUCAUCUACAUAGUCUAUCUUUCAUGUCGGGAACUCAAAUUAAAGCCUCGCCAAAUACCUUGUAAAAAUAUACCAAUUACAAGUAGAUCGAGAGGAGCU